AACGGGUUUUGCCGGUUCGAGAAAGUGAAAUUAGAAACCGCAGAGCUUGCGUAAUUUAGAAGUUUAUCAGUGAGCCUCGUAAGCUAGCUCCAGUUGCUAGCCCAGUGUCUCUAAGAAGUCAGCCAGCCAUUUGUCUCAGUAUGUUGCGGGGUAACUAGCAAGAGGAAGCGCACUUGUCGGGCUUUUUUUUUGUGCCCGACAUGUUUUUGCGGGAGGAGUGCGAGGCAGCAAGCCGCUGGGAGUCAGAGAAACUGCUUCACUAUGGAUAAAUAAGGAACCAGCUGCUCUGUUGAUGAGAGAAUAAAGGUCAGGAGGACAACAUCAGCGACCAUGAGCAGGGCUGAACAAAAGGACAGGGUCUUAUCCACAAGUGAAGACCCUCUCCCGUGCCUCCACAACUCAAAGGCUGACCCACUUCUCCGAAGCAGACCCCUCAGUGAUAUAUAUCCAAACCAGAGCUACGCUGACAGAAGUUCAGUCCCUUAUCUCCUGUCUGGAUGUAGCUCCCAGGUCCAGCCGAUAAGUGCAGGGCCUCACGCUGAAGAGAGCAGAUUGAAUGGCCUCAACUCCUCCGCCUGGUCCAACCCUGAAGGAAAGCCUUCCUCCUCAAGAAUUAUGAGGCUUUUUUCUAAUUCAAGGAAGGGCCCUGUCAGUGCUCACAAUCCAACUGCUGACAGUCCAACCACAGCCCACAGCAAUGACGGCAACAGCAACCCCCAGUCGUGGGCAGGAGUUCCAGGUUUGGGCGUUAUGGACUCCUUCAAAAAGCUAAAGUCAUCUGUGCUUCAAGGCAUUCAGAGUAGAGGGGCAGCAAGUAACGAUGGAGAACAUGUACCUUUAUCUUAUCAGGAAACAGCUAAUGGCACAGUUGUGAACAAUGCUGAAUCAGGUCUAGCUGAUGCAGCAAAUCAUUUAAAGGUUCCAGAAGGAUAUAAUGUGUCUAAUGGAAAUUUUGGGGAGCAAAAGUUGGCUGCGAUGAACCAAUACAGUUCAGAUAUUGAGGACUAUGAUGAUGAGGAAAAUGAAGGAGAUGGCCUCACACGCAACUCACGAUUCUCCAGAAGUAUAAGGAGAGCGUAUGGAGCAGGACGCAUCUCUCUACUUGACAUUGGGAAUGGGAGGCAAGUAGGAAGAAACUCAAAUGAAGCUGUAGGUACCACACAGAAACCAGAUCAGACAUCUAAUUUCAAUGUCCAAACGGAGAGCAUGAAUGGAAACACAAAUGUGACGGUGCUGAGCAGACUGAGCAAAAGUGCAGAAAACCUUCAUAUAUUUAAGGCACCUUUUAGACGCAAAGCCCCAUCUCCAGGCCCUCCUUCCCUACAGGAAGACUCCCAGAGGACUAACACAUCAAAUGGGACAUCCAGCAUCCAAAGGGCUGCCAGCGCCUCCUCUGUGGACCUGCAGGGACACGCUCCUAGCCGCGGGAAGAGCCCAGUGAAGACCAAAGGACCGAUGCUGAAGCUAGUCGGCAGCAUGACUGACCUAACUGUCCGACGCAGGAGAAGUCCCUCCCCCAGCCCUACCUCUGCAUCUCCCAUGUCGCCCUUGAGCCGUCUCCAUGACAACUACUCCCGCCGUGUGCCUUGCCUCCAAACCAAUGAGCGGCAGCGCCGACCAAUGCCUGCCACAGCUCAGGCCAUGUCUGUCGAACACACUCUUCUGAUUCAUCACCAGCCUGAACACGAUGUCAACCCACAGCCGCAUCAGGUUAUUAUGAGCCCUCCUACCUCGGAGCCCCCAGAGACAACAGAGCAGAUUUCACCUGGUGUCUCUGCUCAUCUUGAGUCGCAGGUUGUAGCCACGACAAGUGGUUAUAAACAGAUGGUUGAAUGGGAAUCAUCCAUACUCAGCCAAACAGAACCUUCACAACAACAAGAGCAGACUGAGGGAAACUCACUACCAAACGAGGUGACAUCAGACCAGCAAGGACGAGAAGCGCUUCUCCAAGCAGAGGAAGUCUCUCCGACAACCAGCAGCACACCUCCUAUCUCCCCAGCAUCGCUCCCAGAGUCGCCUAUAUCGUCUACAUCACCCACAGAUGCAGCCGCGGCUUCCACAGAAACAUCCACCGUCAAGCCAAGAAGAAGAAGUGGCCGUUUGAGACCCCGGCCCGUCUCUGACUAUGGCCAGCUGAUUUCCAGAAAGCAGUCAAUCCCAGAGGAUGCCGUAGUGCUGCAUACCGAGGAAAGGACAGCAAACUUGCUGCUGCUUAAAGACUGCAGUGGUAAUGAUGGGAAUGAAGAGAGUCCUGAAAACUGCAGCAUGAAUGGCGACAGGAGGCAGCGGCCCAUAUCAGUGGUGGGAACAGUUGAUGUGUUCCCCCCCAAUGCUGAGCUGAAGGAGGACCGCCUUCCUUCUCCUUUGUCGCGGCCACCAAUCCCCUCCCACCAAGUGCCCCCCUACAGAGGAGUGUCUGCCAGGUUUCGUCCCUCCGCCCUCUCCCAGAGCACCCCCAUCGGACUGGACCGCGUGGGGCGGCGCAAACUCCACAGAGUGCUCAGUGAUGGUGUGUCUGAGUGCUCGGCGAUACUUGAUGACAGCGUGAGUGAGGAGGAGGAAGGCAGCUUUGAUGAGCUCACAGAUGGCACUCCCUACCUCCAGCCAGGGGUGGAGCUCUCACUUCUCAACGAGUGGAUAAGCUUAGGCCACACGGUGUAUGCUGAGGCUCUCUGGGACCAUGUGACCAUGGAGGAGCAGGAGCUGGCCUUCAAGGCUGGAGAUGUUAUCCGUGUCCUGGAAGCCUCACAUAAGGACUGGUGGUGGGGUAUUGGAGGUGACAGGGAGGCCUGGUUUCCCUCCAGCUUUGUGAGGGUGCGUGUGAACCAGGAGGACUCGAGCGCUGAAAGUGUGGAGAGUAUCGCGGAUCAGGAAGAUCCAACUCCCAGGGACACACACAGCACUCAUCACAAGGAGCAGAUGAGAACCAAUGUGGUUAAGGAAAUAAUGAAUACCGAACGUAUUUACAUCAAACACCUAAAAGACAUCUGUGAGGGUUACAUCCGUCAGUGCCGCAAACACCCUGACAUGUUCACCGAGCUGCAGCUGAAAACCAUCUUCAGCAACAUAGAAGAAAUCUAUAGGUUUCAGAGGCAGUUCCUUAAAGAGCUGGAGAAGAAGUACAACAAAGAUGAACCGCAUCUCAGUGAAAUUGGCUCGUGCUUUCUCAUGCAGGGGGAGGGCUUCUCUAUCUACUCAGAAUAUUGUAACACUCAUCCAGAAGCCUGUGCUGAGCUGCACCGCCUCAUGAAGUUGGGGAAAUACAAGCAUUUUUUUGAGGCCUGCCGCCUCCUCCAGCAGAUGAUUGACAUUUCUAUAGCUGGGUUCUUACUCACACCUGUCCAGAAGAUCUGUAAAUACCCCCUGCAGCUCGGGGAACUGCUCAAAUACACCCCCAAAGACCACAGUGACCAUAGUGGAGUGAGCAAAGCAUACGAGGCUAUGAAGAAUGUGGCCAGUUUGAUAAAUGAGCGGAAGAGACGGCUAGAGAGUAUCGACACCAUCGCUCAUUGGCAGGUCGCCAUUUUGCACUGGGAGGGACCUGAUGUGCUGGAGCGCAGCUCAGAGCUAAUCCACUCUGGUGAGAUGACUCGAACUGUUCGGCAAGGCAAAAUGCAGCAGCGCAGCUUCUUCCUGUUUGACCACCAGCUAGUCUACUGUAAAAAAGACGUCCUGCGCAGAGACCUGCUCCACUACCGGGGACGACUGGAUAUGGACCAGACCGAAGUGGUGGACGUGCUUGAUGGGCGGGACUCGGACCUGGGCCUGACCCUGAAGAACGCUCUGCGCCUGCGCAACUCCUCUACUCUGGAGUUUAUGUGUGUGCUGUGCUGCAGGAAGGCCGAGGACAAGCAGAGGUGGUUACAAGCCUUUGCCAAGGAAAGGCACAGAGUCAAAGAGGACCAAGAGAUGGGAAUGGACAUCAGUGAAGAGCAAAGAAAACAGGCCAUUGUUAAUGCCAGAAGAGCCAAACAGGGGAAAAUCAAAAAACUUGGUUACUCUGGUUCUGUCUCACCACACCACCAAAACCUGCACCAAAACCUUCACCCACUUCACCAGCGCCACAUCACCAUUCCAACCAGUGUGCCUCAGCAGCAGGUCUUUACACUGGCCGAACCCCCAAAGCGAAAGCCUUAUCAUCUGUUCUACAGCAUCACCCGCAACGCCUUUUUCAGGAAAUGAGGCUUUGCUUCCUCCUCUUUUUUUUUUUCUCUCUCUGCAUGUUCAGAGCAUACUCAAACCGUCCUGAAGUCUCAAAGAACACUUUAUUUUUCCUGUGUUUUCCUGCCUGUGAAUGUACUGUCAAGCUGUAUGUUUUUGUGCCUCAUGUGUCUUUCGUAAUGUUUCUGUUUUGUUUGUUGCAUGUUGAAACUCAGUGCCUAAGAUUAGGAAAGGGCAUGACAAAAGUGUUAAAAUACUGACUCUGUCCAGUUUGUUGGUGUGUUAAAGAUGCUGCUCACACAAAAGAAUCCCAUCCUUUUGUCUUAUUAAUUCCAACUGAAGGUUUUUUUUUUAUUUUAUUUUAUUUUAAUUAUGACAACGAUGUAUAUUCUACGUUGACAAACAUGGUUUUAGUUUAUUUCACAAAGGCUGGACCCUUUUUUGCUGCGAGUCUGUCAGCUCUGAGCACAAAACAGCCAGAGGAUAAAUUAACUGACACAUACACCCACCCUGUUAACAUUGUAAAUAAAACUCUUGUACAAACUUA